ACUUUCCCGCUAAAACCACCAUAAAAAAAAAUUAAAACCAUUUUGAAAUCUCCUAAAAAAAACUCAACACUCCAAUACAAAAUCAAAAUCCUACAACAAAAUCAAAGAAACUGAAAUCAUUUAGAGAGGAAAAAAAUGGCAGUUGAAGAGGCCGGAACUUCUCUAGAUUCUCUGAUAUCUUCCUUCAACACUCGAAUUUCCGACCUUCAACAACUCGUUAUCGGCAGAAACAUGUAUCCGGCGAGCAGCAUCACCGAUUUAUCGGCGGUGGAUGCUUCAGUGAAGGCGAUGGAGCUGCAAAUUCAGGCGAUCAAGGACAAAUUGCGCGAGGAAGUUGCGGCUAUUCCAAAAGCUAAGAAGCUGAUUGAUAUGUCGCUUCGGCAGCAAAAGAAAAUACAGAGUAUGACUAGUCAUGUUCCCUCAUAUUUUCCUGAUAGAAUGGCCUCACUGAAUUUGGAUACAAAUAGAAGUGUGCUGCCUGAAGUCCCUAAUCAACAACAAGCAUCUUUUAAAAUUGAGGAGCCUGCACCGUUACCUAAGGAGAAAAGAGGUCGUGCACCUCCGCCACUGUGGUAUAUAACUGCUGAUGAGCUAGAUUCCCUGCCAUCAUACAUGAGAGGAAGACUCACUCUUGAUAAGGUCAAUGCUGCAAUCAAUGACAUGGCAGCAUAUGCUGAAGCGAAUGCUCACCUUAUUGCAGCAUCAAAGAAGAAGCUGUCUGAGAAUCUUUGGGAGAAAGCCUUGGAAGUAAGGGAUAUUGCAAUGACAGAAUCUGUUAAGGGAAAACACUUCUUUCUCGAGUCUGAUGUAAAGGGACCAACGAUGAAGCUUGACAACACUGGAAAAGCAAUACUGACUGUUCUUCGUCACCUUGGUCGCAUCAGUGAGACUCGGAUUGGGCAUCAUCGUGUACUGAUUCUUUCGAAGCCCUAGUGAGUAAUGAUCUGCUUUACUUAUUGUUUUCAUUUUCAUUUAGCAUAUCUUAAGCUGUAUCUAGAAUAUUUGCUCCACCCCUAGUGGUAUGACUACACAGAUGAAGUGGCAAUCUUCACUUAAAAUUAGGAAAAAAAGAUACGUUACCGAAAAAUCUGCUGCUUUACAGUUAUAGCCUGAUGUGGAGUUAAUUGUCCAUAUUAUUCAAUGGUACCUUUGUAAUGCUAGACUUAGGAUAAGUUAAAAGUGUUGACUAUGGAAUUUGGAUAUUAAUCUUCCAAAUUUGUUUGGCAA